GGCCGCUCUCAUCCCUUUCUAUGAUAGUAGUCGACCGGUAGCGAGUUAUGCGAGUUUAACUUGGUUGUUGUUGUUAUUAUUGUUAUACCAACUAAUUCUCUGGCGAUUACUGAUUAUAAGUAAACAUGAAGCUUAUCACGCAUAAUAUGUUAUCGUCCAAGGGUAUGAAAGGCGUGACGGUGGGCUACCCUUUGAAAAUUAUUGCGAGGGAUAUUAGAGUAUCUGAAGUGGACUUUAAUCCAGGAUAUAUUGCUAAAAUAAUUCCUAAACUAGACUGGGCAGUAUUAUGGAGAGCUGCGGAAAGUAUAGGUCAUGUUGGCGAAUUACCUCCGAUAUUAAUAGAAGACUUUGAGACAAAUGAAGACUUUUUGAAAAAGACUCACCAUGUACUAUUAGAAGUAGAAGUCAUAAAUGGAGAUUUAUUAUGUCCAGAAUCCGGUAGAAAAUUCCCCAUCAAUGACGGCAUUCCAAACAUGCUUCUGAAUGAAGACGAAGUUUGAAUAACAGAACCAAACACAGAAUAUUUUCAUUCUUUCUUUGAUUUUUGUUAAAUAAUUAUACAUGCAUCUACAUAACGAUUACACAUGUUAUGUAUUUCUGCCUAUUAAUUUAUUUUCUCUUUUUUUACUGUUACACUGUUAAUAAUUUAAUAGUAAUAAGCAAGAGAUAAUUACAUGUAUAAGUUACUGUAUUAUAAAUAAAUACAAGUUUAUGCUUAAAAAAAA